CCGGCCGGUCCGCGCGCUCCUGCCGUCCCCCCCGGCUCCGCCCGGCCGCGCGCCCGCGUUCCGGCGCGGCCAUGCUGGCGGACGGGCCGGCACCGAGCCAUGCGGAGCUGGGGAGUGCUGGGGGGCGCGGCGGCGGCGCUGGCGGCCGGGAUUUACGUCCUGUGGGGCCCCAUCAGCGGCAGGAAACGGCGGCGGAGAGGGCUCGUGCCAGGCCUCCUGAACCUGGGCAACACGUGCUUCAUGAAUUCCCUGCUGCAGGGCUUGUCCUCCUGCCCCUCCUUCAUCAGGUGGCUGGAGGAGUUCACAGCCCAGUACAGGACAGAGCAGGAGCAGCCCCAGGAGCAGCCCCAGCACCUCUCAGUGACUCUGCUGCAGCUCCUCAGAGCUCUGUCCUGCCAGGAGGUGCCAGAGGACGAUGUCCUGGAUGCCAGCUGCCUGCUGGAGGUGCUCAGGAUGAACAGGUGGCAGAUCUCCUCCUUUGAGGAGCAGGAUGCCCAUGAGCUGUUCCAUGUCCUGACCUCUUCCCUGGAGGACGAGCGGGACCAGCAGCCCCGUGUGACCCAUCUGUUUGAUGUGCAUUCCCUGGAGCAACCAGAAAUAAUCCAAAAGCAAAUAAGCUGCAGAACAAGAGGAUGUCUUCCCCCUGUGUCCAACCACUGGAAAUCUCAGCACCCUUUCCAUGGAAGGCUGACCAGCAACAUGGUCUGCAAACACUGUGAACACCAGAGCCCUGUGAGGUUUGACACCUUUGACAGCCUCUCCCUGAGCAUUCCAGCAGCUGUGUGGGGUCGUCCCAUGACACUGGACCAUUGCCUCCAUCACUUCAUCUCCUCAGAGUCUGUCAAGGAUGUUGUGUGUGACAACUGCACCAAAAUCCAGGCACAAGGAAUUCUGAAUGGACAGAACAUAGAAAACCAGAGAACAACAUUUGUUAAGCAAUUAAAGUUAGGAAAGCUGCCCCAGUGUUUGUGCAUCCACCUGCAAAGGCUGAGCUGGUCAAACCAAGGCACUCCCCUGAAGAGACACGAACACGUCCAGUUCAAUGAGUUCCUGGUCAUGGACAUCUACAAAUAUCGAGUUCCUGGUCCCAAAUCCUGCAAGGAGCAGCUCAGCCAGAAAAACCCUGAGGAGACAACCCCUGGAAUAAAGGAUGGGAGAGCAGGGAAACCUUCAGAUGCAGAACAACCAGCUGGUACCAAACCUCUCUUCAUGAAUGGUGCCUCUUCCUCCUCCUCUCCCUCAUUUUUAAUGUCCCCAGGAACUUUCCCACUUGCUGCAUUCCCUGAGUGCAGGGCCCCGCUGUACCUGUACCGCCUGAUGGCUGUGGUGGUGCACCACGGGGACAUGCACUCGGGACACUUCGUCACCUUCCGACGCGCGCCGGGCGCCCGCGGCAGCCAGUGGCUCUGGAUCUCGGAUGAGUCCGUGCGCAGGGCCAGCCUGCACGAGGUGCUGGCAGCCAGCGCCUACCUGCUGUUCUACGAGCGUGUGCACGGUCGGGCCCAGCCCCAGAGCCCGGCCCAGAGCUGAGCCAGUGCUGCUGGGAUGGUCCCAGCCCUCGGGGUCAUCUCAGCCCUUGGGACCGUCCUAGCCCUCGGGACAGUCCCAGCCCUUGGGAUCAUCCCAGCCUCAGGACCAUCCCAGCCCUCGGGGUUAUCUUAGCCCUUGGGACCAUCCCAGCCCUCAAGACCAUCCCAGCCCUUGGGGUCAUCCCACCUCCUGGGAUGCUGGGAUGGUCCCAGCCCCUGGGAUGGUUCCAGCCCUCAGUAGGUCCCAGCCCUCAGAUGGAGCCUCUCCAUUAUGCAAACCUUCCCCCUCUCCAGGCUCCCUUCCCAGUGGGAGCAGCUGGGAGUUGUGGUUUGUACCCAGACCCUGCUGUUCCAGCACCAUGCAGCCCCAGGUGUGUGUUUGAGAAGUGUUUUCUGCCUGUCCCAAGGCUCUGUUCUAUGUCCUGACACUGCACUUUUCCCAGGGAGAUGCUUCAUCCCACACAUUUCACUUCCCAAAGGGCAGCCCUGGAAAGGGUUGAUGUCAAGCUGCUGUUGAGGAGCCCCUCCCCAUCCCAUUCCCUCCCCUGGCACCUCUCCACGAUGCACCAGCCCCUCCAGGUUCCCUUCCCUGUGGCAAUGGCUGGGAAUUGUGUUUUGUACCAAAAUUCCCAGAGCUGUUCCAGCCCCAAGCAUGUCUGUCAGGCAGGGAUUUUAUCCCAAGGCUCUAUUCCCAAUGUUUCCCAGUGGGGGAGCCCUGGGAGGGGGCAGUGGGAAGCUGCUGUUGGCAAUGAUUUAAGACACAAAGUGCCUUGAGCUUCCCUGAGCAGCUGCAUUGCCACUGGCCCAGCCCUCUGCAUGCCCACUGUGUCCUGGGAAUGCCUCACACCCAGGGGAUGAACCCAUGGAAUCCCAUUUCUCCUGACCCAUCAAGUCAAGGCAUCUCCACAAACUGGCCCCAUUCAAAAGAUUUCCCUGUUCACACAAUUUUCCUCCCACUUUACUUCUUUAUAACAUAAAGUCCUUCUCCUGAUUUAAAUUGCUUUAUCCAGGAGAUAAUUUUGUAUCUAUUAAGAGCUGAAACCUUAAUUUAUUGCUCCAUACCUUUGGAAUCUAGCUGGAAUCAGCACGUGGAAGUGUUUGCUAGUGCUCAGUGUUGUCAUUUCCUUCAGCACUGUCGAAUCCAGUUGUUUUGUAGCAUCAACUACAACUUUUAAUGCUGUGAUUUCCAAGCUGCUGUAACUGUUCUAGACUUGCCCUUCCCAUUUUAUUGCUGGAAUCUGCUAUUCCCAGCAUUGGGAUCCAUGCUCCUGGCUUGCAGCUCAGAUGUAGAGCAGCCCCUGGCCUUGUUAAAUGGAAUAUAAACAAGAGGGCCAGGACUUCUGGGCACUUACUGGUUUCAUGAAGAAAUCUGGGAAUCCUGCAUCAGCUCCAGGCUGCCCUGUAAAUAGAAGUAAGGGGAAUUCUGCUGCUCUGGAUUGUUUGAUGUGGAAAAAAAAAAAAAAAAAAUCCCAAAGCACAGAGGGAAAGAAGCAGCAAAAAUCCUCCUUUAAAAACCUGCUUUUAAAUGACCAGGAAUAAAAUAUGUAGGUUGUUUUUAGCUCUUUUCUGUCCUUGUAAGCUUGGAAGAGAAAAAUCCCUCAUCAGACAAGCUUUUUUUCAGUGUGAAGUUUUCAAAUAACAACUGUCUUAAAUAGUUUUUUUAGGGCAACUUUGUACCUCAUGAAUUCAUAGUGCUGCCCAAAGCUCGGGGGUGUUCACACUUCCUCAGGAGAGGCUCCAAACCAGCCAAAGCAGGAGUAGUAACAUGGGUGGAUAUGCAAAAUGAUUUACACAACUCAUCAUUCCAGAGUCUGGAGCACAAUUCCUGGCCCAGGUAAUGCUCAUAGUACAUAAAUAUUGAUAAAUCCACUGCUGGAUUGGGACGUGAUUCCUGGCUGUGCUGCAUGAGCAGUAGCUUGGUUUUAACCUGUUUUAAUUUACAGAAAAACAAGAAAACAAAUAAACAAACAAAACCUUGAAGGAUGCAAAAUGCCAAAAAUUUGCUCUGGUUUGCUCCCUUCCCAUUGAAGGGAGAGCUGAGAGAGCUGGAGAAGGAGCCAGCCCUCCCUACUGGGAGCCAUCUAAAACCAUCACCCCAACAUCUCCCUCCAGCAGAUCUGCCCCUGCACCUCAGAACUGAACCCAUUUCCAGUGCUAGCAGUGGCUGUCCUGCAUUCUCCAGGCUCAAUGCUCUGCUUGGGGUUUUUUCCUGGAUUUGGGGGGGUUUUCCUGGAUUUGGGGGUUCAGCUGAGCAGCCCCUUAGCUUAGUUGUGCUGGAGGAGGGGCAGAGGACACGCACACUAAGGACUGAAUCCUGAAAUCCGACAGCUGGGUUUCUUUGCCAAGAGCUGUUUCCCUGGGCUGUGGAUUGACUCUGGAUCUCCCUCAAGGGCUAUCAGGGGAGGGUUGAGCCUUUUUUCUGGCUUUGCCUGGUGGGGAGGAGUAAAUGGGCUUGGCUUAACCCUCAGAUGAGGAAGGGAGCAAAGCCCAGCACCUCAGUCCUGGCCCUGAGCUGUGCCAGAUCCUGCCAGCCCUCUGUGAGCUGAGGCUCUGUGCAGGGCUUUGGGAGCUCAUCCUCCCCUCUGGAGGUCACUGGGAUCUGUUUUCCAGCCACCCAUACCUGUGGAGAUCACUGGAAUUUGUGCAGGUGUUUGGGAGCCAACCCUCCCCUUUGCAGGUCCCAGGGCUCUGUGUUUGCCAGUCCAGCCUCCCCUUUGGAGGUCACUGGGAUCUGUCUUUCCAGGGGUCACAGAACUCUGUGUUUUCCAGCUAAACCUCCCCUCUGGAGGUCACUGGGAUCUGUUUUCCAGCCAAACCUCCCCUCUGGGAGGUCUCUGUGCAGCCACAAGGCUCAAAUGCUGGUACUCGUCCCUCCCAAGCUGCCAUGGUGGAGAAGAUGUUAAUAAAUUGUAAAGAAUUAAGAGCUCCAAGAUGA